CCGGCCCGCGCAUGCGCACAAUGAUCCCGUCAAGGGGGCGUGAUCUGGGAGAAGUCGCUUGAUAGCAGAGCGAGGGAGUGCGCGCAGUUUGAAAAAAGGAGACUCUGAAGUUCAGGGGAAACCACGUCACCAAAUGUCCAGGUCACAUGCAAGACACAAGAAAAUCUACAAUAACGGAGGCUUUGGCGACGUACUACAGAAUACAAAGGAGUGCGGAGUUCCUGGAAUGCCCCGCCAGAGCCGCAAAGUAGCCAGAUCUGCUUGCACACCUCCUCCGCACACACCAGUCAAGGGCUCUUCAUGUUCACCACUCAAUGGCACUUCCUCCUUGGAUUACAGUGUCCUGAAGAGGACACAGUUGCAACACCAAUGUAAGAAGUUGGGGCUUCGUGCUACAGGGAAGAAUGCUGAACUUGUGGAAAGGCUGAAAGCCUAUCACAGAGAUCCCCAGCUGAAAGCAGCAAGCAGUGAAGAAGAAGAAACAAGCAUUACAAAAGAGAGGCUCCACAACCCUGGGGCCCCUCCAACAGUUCUUUCUCAUCUGGACUUGGCCAAGGAUGUAAAAACUGAGCUGACUGAAGAGAAAACAGAUAUUGUCUAUGGUUGGUGUGUGGUCCAUGGGAUGGCACUCUACCGCCCACCAUCCAGCUGGGCUCCUCUGUUGCUCCGUGGCGGCUUAGUCUGUGUCCAGGAUGGGAAGAACAUUGUCCCCUUCCAUCUGCCUCCACUCAAGAUCCCUGUCCCUGAUGGCUUCUUCGACAACUAUGUCUGUGAGGACUGUGUGAUCAGGAACAGAGAGAAGCCAAAGAGAUGUCUCCUGUGCCAGCAAAUACAAGGGAAAGGUAACCAAGAUUCCUUAUCCCAGAACUUCUUAAAGAGCCAGAUUCCUCUUCAGGAGAGUAUGUCUCGGCCUUCACUCCAUGCAGCUGGUGUUUCUAACGACAGAAGAAGGACCUUCGAGAUUAAGAAACUGUAUCAGCCCCAAGAGGAUCAGGCGUAUGCCCAGCAGGUAGAUGGGAUCCUUUCCCAGAUGGCCCGUGGACAGCUUGGUAUGGACCGAGCUUUUUAUCCCCUCCAGCCCCUAGUUGUCCAUUCCCCAGCUCCUUUUGAAAGAUGAGUGUGUGAGAUUUGACCAAAAUUGACUGGGAAGGAAGAUCCAAGAGAAGUACGUUCAUCUGUUCUAGCUCUUGUGCAUAUGGAUGUCCUGUCCCCCCCCUUUUUUUUUUUUUUUGAUCUGUUAUAAUAAAGAUUCCUUGAAACGAAA